UUAACCUCUAAAUUAUCGUGACCUUGUAUAACGUUUUGUUUCUUGUGGUAAUGAUUUUUUAUCAUUGUCAUUUAUAUUUGUAACCGUAUAAACGUAGAAGGCAUUAACGUAUAAAAUAGACGAACUUGUCCAUUGAUCAUGGCUCAAAAAUUUAACGAAAUAAAGCAGGAGUUGGACAAAUCUUUACAUGAUCCAGAAAAACCGUGGACUAGUGUAUUCUCCCAAGUUGAGAAAAGUACCGGCGUAGAUCGCAUCUAUAUUUUUUUGGGUACAAUUGCUAUUAUUGGUGUGUGGCUUGUCUUUGGAUAUGCAGCUCAGUUAGUAUGUAAUUCUGUUGGAUUUUUGUAUCCGGCAUAUGCAUCAAUACACGCUAUAGAAUCUCCCUGCAAAGAUGAUGAUACAAAGUGGUUGACCUACUGGGUAGUCUUUGCCAUCUUUUCAAUUUUCGAAUAUUUCGCAGAUGUUAUUGUAGGAUGGUUCCCACUAUAUUGGUUAAUUAAGUGUCUUUUCUUUGUCUGGUUGAUGAUACCGACUGAGUUCAACGGAUCUUUAGUUAUUUAUAGGAGGAUCGUAAGACCAUAUUUCUUAAAACAUCAUACUGUAAUCGACAGCACUAUUCAAAAUGUUAAAGAAAAAGCAAGUACAUUGCUCGAUCAGAAAAAAGAAUAAAUCAACUUGUUCUAUUUUAUUUUUUUUUUAGUUGGUGGUUUGUAAUUUGAAUAUAUUAAGAUUUGUGUAGAAGCUAGAAUUAAUUUUAAUACCUAUAUAAAGAUUUUACAUCAUUAUAGCUAUACCUAGUAAGGAACGCAGAAAAACAUGUUCACCAAAGCCAUUCCUUUGGUUUCUUCUGUGAUUUUUUAGGAGUGUUAAAUUUAGACUGUACGAGUUAUUUUUAUUAAGUACUGCAUUCCCACAAGGAAUGGCUUUGAUGUUUCUAGAUUAAUAUAUUUUUUAUGGAUUAUUGUAAAACGUUUUGUAAAAUAAUGAGUCAAUAUUACCUAAAACUUCUUUUUAAUUUAUGGUCUGAUGUCAGUAACUUUAUUUCACACACCUCGAUAUUCAGUAUCAAGGAUUACUUAUCUUUAUUAAGUUGCAGCCUAAAUAAACUUUUAUCUAGAUAAAAUUGACUUAAUAUGCUUCUAUUUUAUAUAAAUUUUAUAAAUGUACAUGUAAAAGGAAAAAUAGCUUAUAUAAAUUUACACGAACUGUUGGUUGUGAGCUACAUAGAAUGUUAUAUGAACAACAACUGCAACAAGAACUAAUUUUUAACAACAUAGAUCAUAAUUUAGCAUUUUGUCAUUUUAGGUGUUCAUGAAAUUCUGUCUAACCAAUCGGAAACAGUAGUUAUCUAUAGAACUCAUAUACCAUAUUCAAAUAUACAAAUAUCUACAAUAACUUACUAAAUACUUAAAAUUUUCCUCGUGGUAGAGACUGAAAAAGGUUUGUUAGACAGCAUUAAAAAGUCUAUUUUUACUACAAUGCACGUUGGCUUAUAUAAAUAUUUUGCGAUGUCAUUUAUUGCUUAUAAUAUAAAUAUUGUUAAAAAAUAUUCCAUAUUCACAAAUAAAAUUGGGUGU